AGGUAGUGGGUUCCAUUCCCAGGAACACAGGUAUUAAUAAGUCACGUCUGCCAAAUGCACAGAAUGUAAAUGUUUAUGUAAUAAAAAAUGCCCUUAUGAUAAAAGGAAAAAUGCCUCUGGAAAUCACUUCCAAAAUUCUCCCCUUACAGGAAAAGUUCAUUUCUGUUUGACUGACAGUUUUAGUGAUCAUUUUAAAAAUGAAAUAAAAAAAUAGUUUAGAUGUAGUAAGCUACGUUUGCCAUGUUGCUGUAUCUUAGCUUGCUACAUCUCCAGGGUGGUGGCUUUAGUGUAGUGAAGCUUCAUUUCAUGUCGAGUAACUGUUAGCUCAGCUCAUUACAUUUUCCAAGUAGCUUGCCCAACACUGGAUAUAAACUCAGAAUCGACAUUUCUAGCAUAGCGUCCAGUGAGACAUCAUUGAAGUCGAGAGAAUAGGAUGCAUCUCUGUAUGUGCACACUCUUUAUUCCCUGGUGAUGUGAUAUGAUUCCGUUGUGAACUUUGCUUUGUCAUAUUUCAUUGUGUUCUGCACUAGAUGUAGACGACAUUUGUGUUGUGUGUAAACAGGAUUAUGACCUGAGUCAGCUGCAGCAGGCAGACAUAGAGAACGAUGGCAUCGGGUCCGCCGGUGUACGCAGACUGGACGAGAGACCGCUGCAUCAUCAUCCCCAAUAUCCUGUCCGAUCAACCGCACCCCAUCCUGGAGAUAUUGAAGACUUCAUCAGGUCGGAGAGCAGCUGACAAUGAUCCUAGCGCUCCGCCAUACGACUCACUCUUAGUGUUUGACUACGAGGGCAACGGCUCUACGGCGGGAUCGCUCAGCUCCAUCAGUUCCUCCUCCAGCAGUGAUGGUGACCAGGAUUAUGAUUAUCUCAAUGACUGGGGUCCACGCUUCAGAAAACUCGCUGACAUGUACGACGGUGGCACAGAUGAAUGAAAACAAGGACCAACUAGAACAGUGGUGCCCAAACUCAGGGCUGGAGGACCAGUGCACGUUUCUACUAAACUCUGCAGGACACAUUGGCCCUCAGGACCGAGUUUGGGACCCUAGACCAGAACAACAUAGCUUUUCUCUAUUCAACGAAUGGACGACAGCUUCUUGGGUUUAUACAUAUACAACCCAAGACUUCAAGUAACGCCUAAAGUCAUAUUUAAUGCAAACAUGCUUGAGGAUUGCUCUUAGAGGACGCUUCAGGGAACUGUCAACGGUCAGGACGUGUUCAGUUACACUUGAGUUUUACAGGACAGAAAAUGUCAGGGGAGUGUUCACCUAAUAUUAAGAAGAAUGAAAAUCUGUUACAAACUUCAAAAUCUGGCCACUAGCAGAACAGACGAUCCAUUAUACAAAAAUACCAAAAUAUGUAAAGAACAUGUAAACAGGUUUGCAGUUUAAAACUUCAUGGCAAAGUUGUUGUUUUUUCUACAAUGCUUAGCUGUGUGUGAAAUCAUUUCAUUACAUAAAAUUCCAAAAGCACUUCAUGUGUAAAAAAGCUAUUACAAAUGACAUAAAAAUUCUCUAAGGGGCGGUUUUUCGGCCAGGGCUUAAGCCUAGUCCCAGACUCAUUUAAGUGUUACGGGUGUCUUGAUCAAAAACCACUUACUGACAUAUGUUGAAAUAUAUCAGCGCGAUUGUUUUGUCUCGAGACGCACACCGUUGCAUUACAUUACAUAGUGAUGCUUUUUCAGAAAGUAUGUUUUUAAAAACAACUUAAAUAUGUAAGGGGUAAUCCACAGCUAGAUGUGCAUUAAAGGGUUUUAUCUGGAAUCUAGAAGGGUUUAUCUGGAAGAUUGUUAAACCCCCGUUGACUCCCAUCGGAAGGUAUUUAUUUUCCCUACUAUGGCAGUAAAUUGUGGGCGAGAUCUGACAUUCUUCCAAAUAUCUUCCUGUGUGUUCAGCAAAACAAAGACGUUUAUACAGGUUUGGAACAAUCUGAGGGUGACUAAAUGAUGACAGAAUUUUCAUUUUUGGGUGUGUUGGGGAAACUUUCCUGAGAGAUGAGACCAAUAUUUUAUUGCUCUGCAAAACAGAGCGACAAUCAUCAGUCUGCAGAGAGUGGAACAAUCAUCUCUCAUUUUAAUCACCUCAUGCUGACUCAUGUUACAAUGUAAUCCACAGCUCCACGGCCAUGCACAUCACCAUUCUUAAUAACACAAGACAUUAUUCAUUCUACAAACUGAUUGUUCUCUGACCUCAAUGCAGGCCUCUGCUUUGCCACAUGAAAGAGAGAAAUCCCUAACAAUCUCGCACUUGUGUUAGUAGAAGCAAAUGCAUAUUCUUACAUUAGUUUGCAUAAGCAUAAAAACUCGACAUUUCCUCUACAGGUGAAGUAUCCCUUCAAUGAUCGUAAAAUAUACAAAGAUGUACUGUAAACUGUUUACAUGUUCUUUCUGUAUUUUUAUAAUCAAUCAUUUCAGUAAUUAUACCCUAGUUUUAUAGAUGAAGAGUUUGGUUCCAAAAUGAGAUAACUCUUUUUCAAAUAUUUUUAACACAAUAAAACACAAGAAAAACAUGAUUUUUGAAAAUGAAAACCAAAAAUGGAACCAAACUCUUUGUAUACAGUAUAUACACUUUCAAAAGCUUGUCUUGAUGUAGUGGUUUUGGGAAGAAAAUGCAGAUGCAGCAUUUGGGAUUGGAAACGAUUUGACAGGCUUUGUAGAUGAGCGUAUGUAAUGCAAUUUAAACUACAUAAGGAUUAACAUUAUUUUCUGGCAAUAAAAUCUAAAAUGUCAUUUUGUAAUUAAAUAAUGAGCGUGUACUGUUCGUAUCUUGGUAUACAAUGUUUUCCACUGUUCAUCUAGGGCCUCAUUUAUAAAACGCAAAAAUCCAUAUUUAUAAAAACGCUCUUUGACGUGGAAAAGUGCUUAGCGCCACGUCAGGGUCUGAGCAGACGUACGCACUUUUGCUUCUCUGAGUGCUGCAGGUUUGUAUAGGAUUUGGACGUUGACAAAUGUAGGACAGUUUUAUAAAUGAGGCCCCUGGACUGGGAUGAAAGUGCCUAGAGAAAUUCUUUUUGAGAUGGAUGCAGUUAUGUAAUUGCCAUUAGAGGAUGAGUUUUUCUCUAUGUCUCUACUCUCUAUGCUAUAAUGUAUUUUCAAAGCUGCUUGGCAACAGUGCAAAACUGUGAAAAGUAAUUGGAAUAAAUGUUUGUCUGCUAAAUGUAAAUGUAACUAUUUGGCCAAAUGCUCACACAUAUCUCAUUUCAAUAAGUUCAAAAAGUUUCCAAGAUCUUGAAUUAACUUCUGUCAAACAUUUGCGAAUAUUGUUACAGGUAUUCGUGGAUUGUCAAAUGUGUGAAUUGCUUUGUGGUAUUUUUGAGACCUUCGUGCCAGGUUGUGAUGAUUCACAAAUAUCUUUUAAUCCACCAAUCACAACACUCUUUACUGAACUGACUCAAGGGGCUCAGCGCUGCAGUGUUAUGUAGCGCCGGUCACAAUAUACUUUUUGUUCUACUGACUUCCAUUCAUACACAUACAAAUGCGGCCGACCGGAAACGCAAGAUCGUGUAAAGUUUUGCAUUUCACUGCGUUCCGAAGUUCAAGUUUGGUGAACUCUGACCAACAGUAGAUGGAUAUGCUUCAGACUCACCUUUUCAGGAAUCACACAAUCCACAUUUUUUACAAAUACAGCUUUAAAACCAUGAAAACAAAAAUAAAACUGCAAAUAAGUCAG